AAGUAGCAAGCUUCGUAACAAGCUUUGUCGCCUGGGAACGGGCGGCGCUAUAAAUAAGCAAGCGUUGGAUCGUGCUUUGAACAUCGUGCAAAGCAAACGCCGUAUCACUUCGUCGCGAGUGCUGUUAGCGGUAACACACGGAGUGAGUUUGUGUGGCGUGUUCCGUCCAGUGAAUUGAGGCAAGCUUUUAUCAGCUGUAAUUUCUGUUUAAGAAUACAAUUUGUCACAGUUAUCGUACCAGUGUUUUGAAAAAACAGCAAUAUCAAACGUGUUAAACAGCUCGCAACAGAUGAGUUAAGGCCACUACCCUUCUCUAAUCGUGUGCGUCGAGCUAAGCGUAUCUUGCAAAGGAUGCGUCAUCACAUGUUCGUGUCAAUACCGGUAAACACCGGCCGGCGUCAUGAAGUGCGCAUGACCGGGUGCAUAUAGAUUGAGAGUGAGAACGUGUUUAAAUUGGUUCAUUGAGAAAGAAUGUAAUGUAGCAAAAACGAUACUCAUCGUGCGACUUCAAACGAAAUGAUAAGCAUGUGGUGAUGGGAAUUCCCCAAUGUAAAGCAUUUUGCUUGUGUUUACUUGCCGAUUCCGGCAGACGGAGACGGUUUCAGUUAUUCUGCAGUUGUGUGAACCAACGUGACCUUGACAGCUUCGGAAUUUCCACUCCAUAGCAGUAUAGUAGCGUGGUUGACAAUGUUGCGAUUAAAUUGUGAAAUUAUUCAAAUGUGAUUGAAUUUGAGUGAAGUUUGAUGUUAUGUAGCGUCAAACGAAGCAAGACAGUGUAACGUGCUGAUGCCCUGCGUGAAGGAUUACUUCUUCGAAACGGCUGUAAUCUAUUAAGCGAUUAACGUACAAAUCCAACAAGAUACGGGAUAUGGUCGUUGAUAAGGAAAAUGUAUAAAGUGAUAAGCGGUUGUGGCUGGUGCUUACCAGUAAAGUGACUCAGUGAAUUAAAAAAACGUGCUAAUAAGCAAUAACAUAAAAAGACAUCCGAUCAUGGAAUUGUCGGUGACGAUACGGGAGAGGAGUGUGGACAGCCGAACGGUGAUUGAAGUGAAAGGGAAGCAUAUCGUGCUAAGUGAAAUUAAAUCACGCAUAGAAACCCUCUUGGCCAACUCUACUGUUGAAGAGGUUCGUAUCUUUGCUGGCAUCAUUCUUACCAUCGAUGUGGAUCUUUCUCGCGAUGUUUGGCAUGGGCGAAAUCUGGUGGUUUUGGCGAACGAAAUCAAAGUGUGCACUACGGUUCGUUGGGAUGUGUCUGGGAAAGAUAACGACCAUAUCUACACGUCGAAUGCCGGUACGGAUGGGAACGGUGUUGGCAAACAAGGAGCCGAUGGAUAUCCGGGCGAAAGUGGAGGUAACGUUUUAUUGCAGGCAAACACAAUUCAACACCCCGAACGAUUGACGAUCAUUUCGAACGGUUCAAACGGAAGCAACGGUCAGGAUGGUGGCAAUGGAAAGGCGGGCGCCGACGGUAAAGGUAUCUCUAGGGCAGACUUUAAGGACAAGUUUCCGCCGACUGCCAAGUUUUUGGAGUGGCAGCGUGCUAACCUUGUAGACACAACUGUCAAAAACAUUAAAAACUUUACUAGAAACAUUAAGACACAGUGGUUGGUUACAACAAUUCCCAUAAUUCCUGUCUAUACCACUCACAGAGAAAACGUACUGGAUCACAGGGAUUGGCGUGUCGAUUUCUUUGAUAGUCUUUACAUCGAGGUGGAAACGCACGAUGGCUGCGAGAUAACGUUUUCUUUUCAGCAAGGCACACCGUUUUACAACUGCCAAUCGUUUCUGAUGUACAAGGGAACAUCUGGCCAGCGUGGACAGGCUGGCGGAGGAUAUGGGCUGGGAGGUCAAGGUGGAUUUGCUGGCGAAGUGACUAUCAAAAGUUUAUACGAUGGUCGUACGUUUGACAUUAAGACAUACUGCAACCGGGGCAAUGAUGGAGAAAACGGAAAGGGUGGAUUGUAUGGUGCGCACGGUAAAAAUGGUUGGGACAUGGGUUAUGUGGAUUACUCGGUCGCGGACAAUCCAGUGAUGUAUGGACAAGAUGAAAAGAGCAAACUUCAGCUGUCGUUCUAUGACGAAAAUUCAUCCAGCAGAAUGUAUUGUCCAUAUAAGGCUUACAUUGAAAGCAGCUAUCGAUAUGCUGGAUUCCAGGUAUCAAGAAUCGACCACCAAUCUAGUAACGCAUUCGAGGAAAGGAACAACACCCAGGCACGUUCCGAAAGACAGCAUCAUGCGAAAGCAAUAGGGAAGAAAUCCAUUCCUGGGCUGCGCGUUGCUGCUGCAUUUUCUGAAUACUUGCAAGAAAUUGAACAAGAAAGGCAGCAAUUGGAAAAACAAAGGAUCGAGAGAGAAAAGCAAGAAUUAGAACGGCUGCGAAUCGAGAGAGAAAAACAGGAAUUAAAGAAACAACGGGAAGAACUUGAAAAACAAAAUUUGGAAAAACAACGGAUCGAGAGAGAAAGGAAGCAGGAAUUGGAGAGACAACGGAUUGAAAAAGAAAAGGCACGAUUGGAAAAACAACGGAUUGAGCAAGAAAAGCAGGAAUUGGAGAGGCAACGAAUCGAAAAAGAGAAGCAAGAGCUGGAAAAACAGCGGAUCGCACAAGAAAGGAAAAACAUUUUACAACAACAAAUCGAACAAGAAAAGCAACGUUUAGCACGACAGCAGAUUGAAAAAGAAAAGCAACAAGAAUUGGCUGAACAGGUGAAAGAAUAUUUGAAUUGUGAUGCAUUGCAGCAAGUUGUUGAAAGCCAAUACACAGAUCAUGAUCAUGUCACAGAUCUGGACAUAAAACGGUUUGUUAAUUUUACACAAGAUACUUCUGAUCUGGAUCGAAACGAGUUUGUUAAACUUGGUGAAAUGUAUAAAGAUCCUAGUCGAGAGGAAAUAUUCAGCAAAUUGUACAAUAACUUGAAUCUAGACGAUUGGCUACAGCUUCGAACACGUCCUGCUGAUCGCCCUGAGCUGGUGUCUUUGGUGGAACAUUUUAAAUCAUUAAAAUCACAGUUCGAACGUUUGCUUGGAAGGGAUUGCAGUGCUAAGAUAACGAAUGUUACAGAAACGUUGAAAAUCAAGUAUAAAAUAGCAAUUCUGAAAGAAAUUACACAGGAACUGCCGACCUGUUUCACAACAGUGAAUCGUUUCGUAUUGACAGCAAAGACUGUAGGGAGAUAUCUGGAAGAAACGGAUGAAAAGAAUGACACAUUUUAUCAUCCCGAUCUUGGCACUUUGAAGCAAUACAUUUUUGAAAACAAUCCAGCACAACGAGAUAACAUUAACAAAUUCAUGGCAAAAGCAUCAGAAAGUAACGACAAUGCGAUCAAACGUGCCGUAGAAACAUUCAUUAUGGAAACAGAUAGCUCAAAAGAUGAAAAUAAACGUGUGAAACUGUUUUAUGAUGAGUAUCAGAAUUAUUUGGAGAAACAGCAAAGAAAUAUUGAUGCUAUAACGCAAUCAUUAGCAGCAGAACUAAAGAAGUCUAAACAUCAAGAAGCAUUCCGUCUGUGGAAUGACAGCAUUGAUGACGAUGGUUUGCUGGAAGAUCUUGAAGAAUUGAUUAGAAAAGAUAAGGUGUUAAGCUCACUGUAUGAUGAACUGAAGCGUGCGGAAAAUGCUGAAUAUGAUUGGGAAAGGUGUUGUACCGAUGAAAAAAUACAAGAAAUACUCCAGAUCAACUUAAAGCAGGAAGGAAUCAUGUGCAAAAGUUACAGAAUACUGCUAGCGUAUUUGUAUGAUGUGAACAUUCGGGUGUAUGCCAAGGAUGAGGACAAUGAAAUUGUUCUGAUAGAAGAUCAUAAUCCAAAAUCCAUUAAAAUUACACACAUUUUACACAAAUCGAACAAAUUCAUUCAACUGAAAAUCAAUGAAAGCUUCCGUCAGUUAGAAGAAGAGCGUCUGCACAAGGAUCGAAUUUUCAGACGAAUUCUGACGGAGAUAAACGGAAUGCAGGACAUACAGACCAUCGAGAAUUACUUCGAACGAGAAGUAUUUUAUCGAAACAGUUCUAAUUUCACUAAAAUGUUUGAAGAUUUAGAAGACGAGAUAACAGUUGAAAAGAUUGCAGCAUUUUUUUCAGCCGAUGAGAAGGACCAAAUUGCUCAUCGUCUGAAGAACAUUUCUCCCAAAUACACCGGCCAACAUGGAGUGUUCGAAAGCAUCUUGCUGCGUUUUUCUUUCGAAGGCAGCCAUGUGUCAUCUAACGAACUGUGUUUCUUAAUCAACUCUAUACUUGCUCACACUGUUGAAGCAAGGCAAGAAAGGUACACCUUUUCAUGGAUUGUUGCAGCAUACAAUCAGUGCAGUUGGACAGAUGAGCUGGUGUUGCUGCAGCUGGAGAACUGCUACAAGAGACAGCUGCAGGAAAAACCCAAAUGGCGCAAGUACAUGUCAAAAAUCGAAAAUAAGGCAGUUUUGUUAGUAUUUUCUGUUCAGUUUACUCGUAAGCCUUGUCCUGCGCAGUGUGUUGAAGAUAUCUUGCACUUGCUGAGUAACAUUCCAAUAGAAUCGAUUUGUCUAGAUGAACUGGAGCUAACAGAGUGGCCUUAUGUGCUUAAGGAAUGCUAUUGGACACAUAAGUUGAAAGCUCUUAUAACGUGGGGAAAUGACUCGGAAGCCUUAACUUCUGCUUCGUUCUUCGUUCUGUCCAUAGAGAACACGUAUGGAAACAAGUUGGUGGAGAAUUUAUUUGAAUCGUUGGUGGAAAAGCGCAGUGAGCUUACGCAUUCUAUGUUAUUAAACGUGCUAUCUUGCUUUCAUAAACAAAAGUGGAACUUAUGUGUUGAUGAUAUUAACCUUUUAAGUCGAUGUAGUAUCAAGGAAUGGAUUAAACAUAUGGAAGAAAAGUUCAAGAUAAACUUAAAGGAACUAAAUAUUUCACAGAUAGCAACUAUCAUUAGAGGCAAUGCUAACACAUCAAAUAAUAUAGUGAAACAUUUACCUCAAAUUGAAAAUUCAGUAACAAGCAUUUAUAAUAACAAGAGAACGAUACACACGAGUUUGAUAUCCUCUUUUUUGCUCAACGACGUAGAAAAAUGGGUUCAAGAGUUCCAUGUUAAGAACCAGAAAACGAAUACAAACAUGUACGAAGAAAUGCUUGCUGUAAUAGGUAGGGCAAUUGAGCUUAAGAGAGGGUUUAAGUUACGAGACACCCAGCUAUUGACAAUUUUGGCCUUACUAGUCAACGAUAACAGCACUUUGGCACAAGUAUCUACAGGCGAAGGUAAAUCAUUGAUCGUAGUAGCGACCGCGAUCAUUAAAGCGCUCCUAGGGGAGAAGGUAGACAUUAUCACCAGCUCUUCAGUACUGGCUCAACGAGAUGCUGUCACCAACAAUGAUAUCUACGAAUUGUUUGGUCUUAGUGCUUCCCACAACUGUAGCGAACAGCUAGAGCAGCGAAAGGAAGCUUACUCAUGUAAUCAAAUAAUUUACGGAGAUUUGGCAAACUUUCAACGUGACUAUCUAUUAGACAGAUUUUAUGGAAAGCAUGUGUUGGGUGAUCGUAGCUUUGAAAAUGUGAUCGUCGAUGAGGUGGACAGCAUGUUGCUCGAUAAGGGAAACAAUAUGCUAUACCUGUCGCAUGACAUUGCUGGUAUGGAUAAGCUGGAAUCGGUAUACUUGUUCAUUUGGCAAAUGGUCAACAGUCCUACCGAUCUUCCGGAAGAUGUACAUAUGGAAGCGGUUAAAAGGUCAGUUUUAAGUGACAUGUAUGCAAUCAUCCAGAAAGAGGAUAUCCAAAGUUUGGACAAUGCUUUGGGAAAAUCGAAUGUAUUGGAGCUAUGGGAGAGAUUAGUUAAGUCUGGAAUAAUAAAUGACGCAGGAAGAUUACAAACGAAAGCUAUUGAUUCCAACAAACUAGAAAAAGUACUUACACCAGAUUUCACACAAUACAAAGAUCGUCUAAGCUUCUUGCUUAUGUCGUGUCUCGACCGCGAAACGUGCAUGAAAAUACCAAAUUAUCUAAGAGCAUUUGUGGAGAGACACUUGGACAGUUGGAUUUCAAGCGCCAUAACAGCGCUGUACAUGGUCCCGGGACAGUACUACGUGGUGGAUGUCGACAGAUCGGGAACAAGUGCCGACCUUAAUGCGAAUGUAAUUAUUCUCGACAGGGAUACGGGCACUGAUCAGGUGAGCUCACAGUGGGAUGAGGCGUUGCACCAAUUUUUGCAGCUUAAGCACGGUUGUAAGCUGUCAACCCAAAGCCUGAAAGCAGUUUUCAUUUCCAACGUUACAUAUUUGAAAAUGUAUGAACUGCUUUAUGGUUUAACAGGAACGUUAGGAUCACAGAGAGAAAGACAUCUGCUUGAGGAGAUACAUCGGGUUGACUUUGUUACUGUUCCUACCGCCAAGUCGAAGCAGUUUGAAGAGUAUGAACCUAUCAUUUGUUCGAGCAGUGAGGAUUGGAAAAAACAAAUACGACAAGAGGUGAAUAAACUCACAAAAACUGAUAAGAGAUCGGUCCUGAUCAUUUGUGAAACGAUCAGAGAUGUCGAAUCAUUCCAGAUGGUGUUUGAUUCUGAGGAGCAGUCAAACGUUCACACUUAUGUACGUGAUUAUGAAACGUUUACUGUUGCGGAAGGGGACAGAAAGUUGGAACCGGGACACGUUAUCAUUGCUACCAACUUGGCAGGUCGUGGCACAGAUAUAAAAAUAUCCGACGACCUUCGGAAGGCCGGAGGAUUACACGUUUUACUAACAUACCUUCCGGCGAACAUUCGAAUUGAAGAGCAAGCAUUCGGAAGAGCAGCUAGAAGCGGAGAUGAGGGAUCGGGUCGGAUGAUAAUAAUGGUAGCCGAUGGAAAAAUACACAAUCGUUCUAUGAUAUUUACCCUCAAGCAAAAACGCAAUGUCGAUGAGCUUUUCCGCAUAUCUGCUAUAAAAACUUAUUACGAAACCACUAUUAAAACAGAAGAGAAUUGUUUUGAAGCAUUCAACGAGUUGUAUGAGAAAAAAAUGAAACUUUUAGCUAAUGCUAAAACGUCAGAGCCGGUGAAGGAUAUUCUGCUCCAAAGUUGUUUGGACAGAUGGUCGUUUUGGUUAGACGAAAACAAUGUACAGAUAGGAAAAGCAUCAGAUGAGGUUUCCAAGCGGGAAGUAAAACAACUGUUGGAGCACUUUCUAUCACAAUUUGAUGAUCUGAAAGCAACGAGCGCAAACUAUUGGCCAGCUUGGGUUGAAGAAAAUCCAAUGCAAAUGAUCAAAUUGGGAAAAUAUAUUUCACAACACGAUUCAAAGCAUCGCAAUACAGCAUUGCAACUGUUUGGGAAGGUUAUCUCGAGUGAGCCGUAUUUUUGCGAAGCCGCUUAUUACUAUCGUGCAUACACACGAUCACUUGACAACAUGAACGUUGGCGACUUCAAAAAGGAUUUGCGUAUGGCAGAAAAGCUCUUAAACGAUCAUAUAAAAUAUGCAAUGCAUGCAUCAGGUAUGGUGUGUAAGCUAAAGAAUAACACACCACCGAUCGAGGGCUAUGAAGAGCAAAAGAAGUGUCUCAUUAAUCUAUACUCAUUGUUCAUUCAAUCCAUAGACGACAUGUUGGGUCAUGCUGUAAGUCUUGAAUCGUUUGUUAAUUAUGAAAUAAAGGAGGAUGUUGCUGGAAUAAUCUUUGACGAUCUUGUACGAAUCGGCAUGAUAAAGAAGGCUCAAGUAAUCGAUAACAUACCUAAUGAUCAAAUUCAGAGACUUCACGCCGAGUACGGGAUACCUGCAGAUCAGCUGAAGAAGUUCUUAGCUCAACAUAGGGGCCCUAUCGAUGACAAAGAAUUCCUUAAAGCUAUUCGAGAAUCAUUUUCAUUUCCAAGCAGAAGCGAGUUUUGGGAAACACUUAUUAACCAAAAGGCGCUGUACAAUGUUGAAAGGUAUGUUGCGAUCAAUGAAGAACGGCUCAAAAUAAUGGAUCCUGCUCUAAUGAACGUUCUGAAGGAAAAGGUAGACAAAGGACAGCUGGUGAAAGCAGUUGUUAAGCUAGAUAAGCACCAGAUCUUGUUGAUCCACGAACAACAGUCACAGUUUUACUAUGAGAAAGAGAAGCUCAUUGAUAUGAUCGGUAAAACGAAGUAUAUCUCUCUUGAAGAAAAUGGUCUACUAUCAUGCAACGAAAAGGCUACAAUAGACAAGGAUAUAAUUGCUGAUUGUAUGUUUUCUGCCUUUGAUUCUAUUACAGUUCAGGAUAUUACAAACAGGACAAGAAUUACAACGAGUGAAGCAAAAAAUAUCAUAGCGGAACUACUUAAGCGUAAUGUUCUACAAAAAAGGGGUGACACGUUUGUCCUACCAAUGAACUAUGACGAUAGCCAGGAUGUCUUGCUUCCCACCUAUCCAGUGUAUGAGAGUGUCGUUAGAAACGUCCUUGCUUCAUGUUUUGCAUACAGACUAGCUCUGAGAAACAUUGCACGACAGCUAGAAGAGGAGAACUGUUCUGACAUUCGUAUAGAAUUGAAGCCCAAUCCCCAUCAAAUGUUUUUUACCGACUUACUGGAGCAUAAAAUAAUGCUCCCUCCUAUGGCCACGCAUGAGAUCGAUGAAAGUAAAAUCAAGGCAAUGUAUAAAACAUCAUGGUCGAAAGGGGCAUGGAUAAGCAUACUUUCUAAGGAUAUUGGUUUGUCUCAAGAAUACACCAAGCUCCUGGUGGAUGUGCUGCUUAAAAUCCGUUGGAUUGUUCCAAACCCCUUAAUGGAAUUGUUGUUAUUUUCUCCUUCAAAUAACAUGUCUGAAGAAAUAAAGAAUGCAUUGGCAAGCUACAGGUUCAGUUCGAAAGAUGACCGAACUAGCGUAGCCUAUUUAAAAUCAUGCAUUGCAUCAAUCAAUCAAAAACAUGGGCUUCUUGAAUCCUAUGACGUUGGAGUUGCGAUUGAAAAGUGGUUUAACAAUCAAUUGCUGUUAAUUGAAAACGGAACUGCUAAACAUAUUGAGAAUAUCUUAAGUAAGUCGAAAUCGUCUCUAGCAGCAAUAAAUGUUCCGCAAGGCACGCUGAAAUCGCUCAUGGACUUUUAUGGUAAAGGAAACUUUGGAAGCAUCGAUGAGAUGCGGAUCUUUAUCACAAACGGCUUAGAGCAUCUGUUAGAGCUAGGAGAGAAAAAAUGGACCAUGGAAAUGAUAUUGAAAACCUCACUGGUGUUAGCGGCUGGUGUAGCACAGAUAGCAAUUGGCGCUAUAAUGGAGGUGUAUUCGGUUGGAAUGAUGACUCACGUUGCCGGCGCUUUCAUUGGCGAAGGUGUCAGCGACAUCAUGUUUGCUGUGGGUGCUUUUAAGUCAGGUUACUUCAGCUGGAAAGAUUACGGAAAGCAUAAGUUACAAAGUCUGCUUUUUACGAUCGGUACGGCCGGUGUGGGAAUGUAUCUCUCCCAGGGCGCCAAGAUGUCUCGCAUAGGUUAUAAAGUUGCUGGACCAAGCCUGGAGUACGGUGGCAAACGGGUUGCCGAAUCAUCUGGAAAGCAGUUAAUCAAAGCAGUUGGUGGACGGACGGUCGUUAAGGAGACAGCGAAGCGUUUGGCGCUCAAAACGGCAGAAGGUGUCGCAUUUGCUGUGGCAAAUACGGCCGUGGAUACGGUUGUUGAAAAUCAUCUGCAAUCCAUGUUGAACUCAUUAGCCUCGGACAUUUUGUCUGGAGUUAAGGGUGAAGUAGCAAAUCACAAGGUUGCUCACAAUUUGCAGAAAGCGUACGAUCGUUUAGGGGAAAAUGACGCUAGAGCCCUCGUGAACGACUUGACAAAUGCAUACAUGAUGGAACAGAACACAACACAAACCUUCCUUCCAUUCACCAAGCAAAUAGGCCAAAGCGUGAUGCAAGGAAUCGGAAAGGCAAAUAAAAAAACAGGUACCACAAACAGUGCCAUGGUGCUGAUCAACCAAAUCAGUCGAGUAAUGGAUUGUGUGGAUCGUGUUGCACAAGUCUAUAAAAUACGCAACGCAACACACCAAUUGCUUGAUAGUAUUAACGUCGAAAUGGAGCGGAAACUCGCAAACAUUGAGCAGAACUCAGCUCCAUCGAAAGAAACCCCGGCAAAAGGCAAAGAUUUUGAGCGCUUUCAAAGGGAAGUGGUUGAGCAAUGGGAAACGACGUUAAGUAAGCACGUUGGGCAACUGAUCGCACAACAUGUUGUGCUGCCAGUGCUGAAAAUGGGCGUAAAUAGUGUCCUUUUACAUGUAGGUAAAGCAUUGAAGGACAUUAGACGCAGCAUGAUAGAGUCGGAAUUGAGCAGAGAUGUUCACCGGCUAAAGGACGAACACGAACAGAAGAUGAAUCGGCCCGAUAUGACAGCAGAAACAAAGCGUCAACUGACAGAGGAAUAUCAUGGUCAAUUGUUAAAGAUUAUGCACAAGACUCGUAGUCCGUCUCUGUUUGCCACCAUCAUCCGGGAAAACGUUCCAAUGGAUUUGACUUGUGUCGGGGCCUGUACUCCAAUGAUACAUAAAAUGCUACAGGCACAACAUGGUGCGUUAUCGGGGCUCACAAUCACUGUCCACGGGGAAAAGGGUAUAAAACAAUCGUUCAGUUCUGGAACGGGUGGUCCCGAGAUUCACCUAGAUCUGAAUGGCAAUCAUUUCACUUUCGGAGCUGGAGAGUCAACUGUUGCCACGACAGGUAAUAAUUGUCUGUACGGAGCACUAGCCACAGCUAUACCGGAUCUGCAAGCUGUAGGAGAGGAUUCGUUCAGGUCCAUGUUGUGUGAUUCCAUCCAGAAUGAUGACAGCAUGCACCAUCACAUUCGACAGGGUUGGCAUCGUGUGCCGUUAAAGCAUGGUGCGGUUGGCGGAGCCCGCAAGUCCCCUGCCAACACGACCAAUAAAGGAGAUGGUACAUUCAAAACACCGACGGUGAUCCUGUCGAAUGAUAGACCGAAAGGAAAACCUAAAGCACGUUGCUUAAGCAAAACUCCGUACGUAGAUGAUGAAUCAUCCACGACCAAUGAGCUGCAAGGCGAUUCAAGUCAACCCGUCACGAACGAUUCCAGAACUCCCGAGUAUCAUCUAGAUUCGCGUGUAGCUCACCAUACGGGUCGUUUUGCAGGGGAGUUGAAAAAAAUCGCUGAAAUAACGAACAUUCCUGUGGAUGAACUGAUCAAAGCGGGGCGCAGUAUGUUCAAGGCGAGCAGAAACUGCUCUGGACAAGAUCAGCAGCAGGCGCAUGUGGUGCGGGUUUCCAUCCUGGAGGAAAGGCUAAAAACCGACUUUCCGGAUUUAUACCAAAGGCUCACACGACACGCCGGUCACACACAGCUAGUUGAUAAGUUUGUGAACGUGUUUCAUAAAAUAGGUGGAGAUAUCGAUAGGAAUCAGGCCGACUGGAUACUUGAUCUUGCAACUGUAGAUUUCACGAAAGGAUUAAACGAUCAUUCGAGAGAAGUGUUUGAGAAAUAUAAGAGCUCUGUUUUGAGAGUAUUUGAUAACAACAUCAACUCAAACAAGUACAGUAAAGAGCAGGUGUUGGUUAUAAAAAAUGCAAGAAAAAUUAUUAAUAACACUAGUACAGAGGUGUUGUUUGAACGUGCACAGAAAGGAUAUGAUUUUAAAUAUGAAUACAAACCUUCGCGGCGCGGUGUGGGAAGACCCAAAAUUUAUAGAACAGAAAACGAGGAAUAGGUUUAUUGGUUCCUUAAUUUUCGACAUACUUUGAGGGCAAUGAGAAAUAGGUGCAACUUUCACAAGAGAUAUAAGGAUUUAUUUGAAAUAUUGACGAGGUGCAUCGGAAGGAUAUCUACAUUUAAACUAUAUAGAGUUAGUUUCAUAGCUACAUAACCUACACCAGCUACAUUAUAGCUUCAGCUGGAUGAAAACCAGCUAGUUAUUUAAGCGUCCCUGUUUAAGUAGUUUUGCCUGUGUACUUAUUUAGAGAAUCCCCUGGCAUUCUACUACAUUCAUUUUGAUUUUUUUUUCGCAUAGCCAUAGUGGCACGGGAAGGUCUUGUGGUACUGUCGUUAAGUUGCGCGGCCUAACGCCGCACAUGGACCGAAGCUUCCUUCAUAUACAUGACUGAUUAUUCUGCUUUAGGAAUAAACCAAUCACAUCGCCAGCAGCCAAGCCUAUCGGUAGCCUAGACCGGCUGCGAUUGCUGCACCCAAUGCGAGAUAAGAGAGCGAGCUUGUGGUAGGAGCGAAAAUCUGGUUUUUAUUUCGUUUUCUACAGGCUUUGUGCCUAUUGGCUUCAAUCUCUACGUAGGAGAUAAAAUGGUUUCAUGAAUGCUAAGGGAAUAUGGAUAGAGUAAUGUUACGCCCCUAAAUUACAGGUUUAUGUGUUCGUUAAUAUCAUUGUUCAUCCAACUUAGUUGUGCUUGUAUAUUUUCUGCGACCCGCUGAUAUAGAGUGGGGUAGGAGAUGCUUAAUUGUUUAUCACACUAUUACUGGAGGUUAUAGGAGAGAUACAUUUGUAGGUAAAUUAUAUUGCAAAAUUAUUUUAAUUUGAAGUUUUUUACCCGCCAUCAAGAAUAAGCGACGCGUAGCUAACUCUUGAGAAAUAAGCGCUUAUCGCAUUUACGUUUAUACUGAAGAUGGAAUAAUCAUAGGCAGUGAAAUCGGAUAUAGUAUACAAAACUUAAUUGCCUGCGUGUCGCAUUUCAGAAUAGACCCGCCUACACUACAAAAACUGUGCAGCCAAGGCUCGUGAAUUGUCAUGGACCAAACGUCCAUUGUCCAGGGGACCCUGAUCGCUAGUACUCUGCUAACUGUUAUACAUACUAGAUACAAUACACUACCGAUUUACGGGGUCCUCUAACCGAAGGGGCUCGAGGCGACCGUCUAGAGCGGUUGUCGUUGCAUCCGCCACUGUUAGUAGGACUGGGAGUGAAAAAGGCUGCCGGUCAAUUGUGAUGGACGCUACUGAGUGCAAGCAUUACCUUCAGAUAUUGCUGUUCCUCCUCGUUCGCGUAGGAAAGUGGUAUCGAAGGCAACGACUGAUGAACUAGCAAUGUUCCGGGCACAGCUGAACGCAAAGGCAGAAAGACACGCCUGGUGAUUUGCUUCGAAUUCUGAAAUACUCCAAACGUUAUUUUGAAAGGAGGUCGACAGAAGUCGAGCUCAAAAGACCGGUUGGUAGAAAUAUUAGUGAUAAGAGUGGAAGAUGGAAAGGAACUAAUAAACCGCUGCUGGAAAAACACAUCUAUAAUGUACGGAUCAACAAUAUCAUCUAGUGGUUUUAGUGCCAUUUAUCGAGGAACAUCGGUGAUUAGGAUGCGCUCGUUUUCGAGAUACAUACGCAACUUGAAUUCGAAUGAGCAAUUAAGAUAAAUCAAUCACUGGGAUCUAAAGUUGAAUGAGAAACAAAGAUAAUUAAAUGACUGAAACAAUGUCUAGAACAAGAUCAAGAAAUGGACUGAACCAGAAGAAAGUCUUUUGAGCACACUCGGAAGUGAACAUAAUAAAUACCCACUCAAUAAUACUGUGUAGGCUUAUAAUCGGACCAAUCUAACAAUAUGUAACAAAGCAUAUCAAUGCAAAAACCACGAAGCGUUUGUUUAAUAGUUUAACAUGCCGCACUGGUUUGCUGUAUUAUCAGCUGUAAGAUUAGCGAUACCACAAACCGCAAUAUCCAGCACAACAGAGAAAGCCACCGUGAGAAUAACACAUAAAAAUAUACUACUUCAACUAGUGUAUAAAUAGAGAGCCGUUGGGUCACAUUUUAAUCAUUGUGCUACAGUGUUCGCGAAGUGUCACAUCGAGGAAAGUUUUUGCUGUUUUUGCUUUAUCAAAAAUCUUACAGAUUGCAUAUAGUUUUUUCAUGUAAAUUUGUUCCACAAAUAAUCAAUUUUUAUGUGUGCUUCUGAUACGUUUAUCAAAGUGUUUACGGUGCUCGUUCCGUUCCGCGAGGAAUCGGUGAUUACGAAAAGGGUUCAUCGUUUGGAAUCUUGUUUGUCAUUUGCCCAAUAGCAAAGUUUGGUUGGGUACUGUUCUUAACAUCAGCAGAUUUAUCGUGAAAAGUGCGGAAAAAUUUGAUAAGUUGUCACGCAAUGUUUCUGUUUACUUUCUUACCAUUGUUCUAGCUUAGCGUUUCUGGCGAAGGUUGAUAUAUCAGUGGUUUCGUUCGGUUGAUUAAACACCACAAAAAAACAUUGUCUUUAUCAUACAAGAUCGUUUAUCAAUUUCGAGGCACACAUUAAUUGGAAUAUUUCUUACAAAAAGCCUGUGUAGUCCCUUUUUAUCAUAACUUUAGUUUCGACAGUGGUUAGAAUUGAGCCUUGUGACAAAUGUGCAUCAUUUUAAACAGCUAUUGUUGAAUGUGUUCUGGUCGUUCUGUCUAAGAUAUCAACUGUGCAAACUGGGUAUUCCCUUGUUUCUUAUCAAAGCGCCAAGAACAUCAAUGCUUGAUGAAUAAUGCACAACAGUCAGAAUGGUCAAAAGUGAAUAAACCAUAUCAUUUAUCUACAUAAACAUUUAUCUACAGUUCGCGAAGCGUAUUGUCGAUGAUUUGAUUAUUUUAAAUAUCUUCUUUAUUGCAUGUUAAAUAAUCACAUUUUAAUUUUCUUUUGUAAAAAUCAGUCUUAGUGGCAAUUGCUAACUGAUUUAUUAUUUUAUACUUUGUGCUUUAACAACCGCCUCAACCCAAUAAUACAUACUAACUGUCAUCAUCGGUACAGUCUUUACUAAUUUAAUUACUAAUAUUCAGUGGUAUCGAAAUCUCUACGCGUCUCACAACUUGAGUAGCGAAACAAUAACUUUUGUGUUAAUUCGUUUCGUACCACAAAAUUUCGUUGAUAUUGCUCAAUAGCGGGUUCUGUGGGUUUCCUUUAUUUUGCGUGGUUAUUAACAACAUUUUAACAUUAACAGCCCUUUUAUCGAGUAUACACUUAAUCUACUGUUUUUGUUUUACCGCACGACGAUUUAGUUUUUUUCACCCGUUUUUGCUUUUCCUUGCUGUGCAAGUGUUGGUCAGCGUCUGAUAACAAUUUUACUGAUGUUACAUAUUUGGAAAUUAAUACAAUUGAUUCCAUUUUAACUUCUUUCCAAGCAUAGCAUCUGGUUGAUAAACAAAAACAGCAGGUGUGGGAAGUUUUCCUUUUUUUUUUUUAGGAUUUCGUCGGCAUUUUUAUCACUCUGAUAGGAUUUGCGAAGCAAGCGACAACAAACCCGGACAACUUGCUGAUACAUUUCCAGUCAUCAUCUUCUUCUUCUUCUUCUUCUUCUUCUUCUUUGUCGUUUGAUCUAAUAUAAGCCAUAUUUACACGUUAUACCAUACGACGGCGUUUGUUAGUAAAUAGAUUCAUCUAUUCAUUCAUUUUCUUCUAUAACAUCGUACCACUUUUUCAAAAACAGAACUGGUACAACAAGUGUUGUUCAAUUGGGAAUCCGAUAAUUGAAUAAAAGCCUAAAAUUUCAAUACCAUCAUGGAGCAGCCGGAAGAUGUAGCGAUACACGUGAAGAAAGAAGGUAGCCGAACGGUUAUCGAAGUGAAAGGCAAGCACAUAGUGCUUAGCGGAGUUAAGCCCCGCAUAGAGGAGCUUUUAUCUAGCUCCACUGCCCAAGAGGUUCAUAUUCUUGCCGGCACAAGUCUUAGCAUUGAUGCGGAUCUUUCUCGCGAUGUAUGGCAUGGACUUAACUUGGUUGUUCUAGCAAACGAAAUCACAGUGCCCAGCACGAUUACCUGGGAUGUGUCUGGGAACGAUAGCAAUCAUAACUAUGCGGCCAACGCUGGUACUAGUGAGGAUGGGCACGGAAAAGAUGGGAACGAUGGAUAUCCGGGCGAAAGUGGAGGGAAUGUUUUGCUACUGGCGAACGCUAUACAAAAUCCGGAACAAUUAACGAUCAUUUCAAACGGCGGUAACGGUACUUGCGGUCAGGACGGCGGAGACGGAGAGGAUGGAGUCGAUGGUAAUGGUAUUUCUAGGGCAGAUUUUGAUAAAAAUUUCCAACACUGUUUGUUUUGGACAGAUAUUGAACGAAGAGCACGUGUACAUAAAAUUGUAAAAAACAUGAUGGAUUUGGCCCAAAGCGUAAAGACACAGUGGGCAAAAGUAACGUAUACGUUUGGUAAUAGUGAUACUUACACAAGCAAUGUACUGGAGCUACCAAUAAAAACGUUCAAUGAUUAUUUAGACAUGUACGUAGAAGUUGUAACGCAAAAUGGAAGUGAAAUAAUAUUUUCUUUGUAUGAAGCUGUAGGAAAAGCUCACUCAUUCUUUGUAUACAAAGGAUCACCAGGCGUAAAAGGCAAACCGGGCGGAAUGUACGGAUUAGGAGGUCAGGGAGGUUUUCCCGGAGAGAUAAUCGUGAAACAUUUACACAAUGAACGUGCGUUUGAAAUUAAAACAUGCAAAAAGGAGGGCAAAUAUGGCGAUAAUGGUAAGGGUGGCCUGUGUGGAAAGCACGGCAAGAAUGGUUGGGAUAUGGGUUAUUUGGGCUGGUUACUCUCCGAACCAACAAUAUACGGACGAGAUGAAAAUAGCAAACUUCAGGUGUCUUAUUACAAAGAAGAUCGAGCAUCGAGACGAAUCAAGUGUCCAUAUAAGGCAAUUUACAGCAGCUACUUGUACGUUGAGAUUAAGGAAUCGAAAAUCGAUCAUCUAUCGCAGAUUGAAUUUAGGGAAAGGAACAACAUCCAGGCACGUGUUGAAAGACAACAUCAUUCGCAAGUGGUAGGAAAGAAAUCCAUUCUGGAAGUGAAAAUUCGUGCUGAAUUUGCAGCAUACUUGCAAUCGAUCGCAACAGAAAAGCAGCGAUUAGCACAGCAGCAAAUAGAACAAGAGGAAUCAGCAAAAGAAAAAGAAAUCCUACAACUAGUGAAUAUCUCAAAAAGUGAGCACCAAUCGGCGCAAAAGUUAAAAGAAAAUGGGGAAUACGAUGUCCUUCAGCAAACAGUCGAAGGCCAACAAACAGAUCUUGAACGGGCCACGGAUCCAUACAUUAAACGCUUCGUCAAUUUUACUCAGGACACAUCUAUCCACAAACAAUUUUCUUUUGUUGAGCUUCAUACCAUGACGAAAGAUACGGAACAAAAGAAAAUGAUUGAUAUUCUGAGCAAUAACUUGAAUCUAGACGACUGGCUACAGCUACAGGCCCAAGUUAUCAGUGACCAGCAUGAGCUGGAGUCCUUAAUCAAUCUUUUGGUGACUUGUUUUCCUCAUUUUAAUACGUUGGUGGAUGCAAAUGACAAAGCAAAGGUACAAAUCAUUGUGAAAACCUUAAAACUGAAGCAUUUAUUUGCAGCCUUAAACAAAAAAACACACGAUCUGGCGACCUAUCAAACAAAUGUUACUAAUUUCAAAUUAACAGCAGAGAGUAUAAUUAGAUAUCUGGAAGAAACGGAGGAAAAGAAUGAUACUUUUCAUCAUCCCAUGCUUGGCAGUUUUAGGAAAUACAUUUUUGAGAAUUCCCUAGCACAGCGAGAAAACAUUGCCCAAUUUGUAGUAAAACUAUCGAAUAGUAGCGACGAAGCGAUCAAACGUGCUGUUGAAACAUUCAUCUUGGAAACAGGCAGCACAAAAACAGAAAAUGAAGUGGUGAAACAGUUUUACAAUGAGUACCAUGAAUUUUCAAAGAAGCAGCAAAACAAUAUUGACGCUUUAACUGAAUCAUUAGCAACAGAACUAAAGAAAUCAAUGCAUCGGGAAGCAUUCCGUUUGUGGAAUGAAAGCGUUGGUGGCGAUACUUUGCCUGCAGAUCUAGUUAAGAUGAUCAGACAAGAUGAAACGUUAAGCUCACUGUACGAUAAACUGUUACAUGAGAAAAAUACUGAAUAUGACUGGGAAAGAUGUAGCUCAGAUAAAAAAAUACAAGAAAUAUUCAAGAUCAGCAUAGAACAGGAAGGAAUCACGGGUAAAAGUUACAAAGUACUGCUGGCGUAUGCUUAUGAUGUGAACAUUCGGGUGUAUGCUAAAAAUGAGGACAAUGGAAUCGUUCUGAUAGAAGAUCAUAAACCAAAUUCCGCAACAUUGAUACAUAUCUUACAAAAAGAAAACGAAUUCAUUCAACUGAAAGACAAUGAAAGUUACCGCCAACUAGAAGAAGAGCGUGUGCACAAAGAUAAGAUUUAUCGGCAUAUGUUGACGGAGAUUGAUGCUAUGCAGAACAUGAAGGAUUCAAAAAUAUCAGGAUAUCAAAAAAUAUCCCAUCUAUACGGUAACAGUGAUGAUAAUGCAAUCGAGAAAUUAGAUGAAAAUAUAGCGAUUGAAAAGAUUGCAGCAUUUUUUCCAGAGCAGGAAAAAUACCAAAUUGCUCAACGUCUGAAGACCAUUUCAUCUCAGUAUACUAACCAGUACAGAGUGUUCGAUUACAUAUUCCAGCGUUUUUCUGUUGAAAGAAGACAUGUGUCAUCAAACGAACUGUGUUUCUUAAUCAACUCUAUACUUGCUCACACUGUUGAAGCAAGGCAAGAAAGGUACACCUUUUCAUGGAUUGUUGCAGCAUACAAUCAGUGCAGUUGGACAGAUGAGCUGGUGUUGCUGCAGCUGGAGAACUGCUACAAGAGACAGCUGCAGGAAAAACCCAAAUGGCGCAAGUACAUGUCAAACAUCGAAAAUAAGGCAGUUUUGUUAGUAUUUUCUGUUCAGUUUACUCGUAAGCCUUGUCGUGCGCAGUGUGUUGAAGAUAUCUUGCACUUGCUGAGUAACAUUCCAAUAGAAUCGGUUCGUUUAGAUGAACUGGAGCUAACAGAGUGGCCUUAUGUGCUUAAGGAAUUCUAUUGGACACAUAAGUUAAAAGCUCUUAUAACGUGGGGAAGUGACUCGGAAGCUUUAACUUCUGCAUCGUUCUUCGUUCUGUCCAUAGAGAACACGUAUGGAAACAAGUUGAUGGAGAAUUUAUUUGAAUCGUUGGUAGAAAAGCGCAGUGAGCUUACGCAUUCUAUGUUAUUAAACGUGCUAUCUUGCUUUCAUAAACAAAAGUGGAACUUGUGUGUUGAUGAUCUUAACGUUUUCAAACAGAGUAACUUGUUUGAAUGGAUUCAACACAUGGAAACAAAGUACAAGAAAGAUUUAAAAGAACUCAAUAUUUCUCAGAUAGUAACAAUCAUUAGAGGCAAUGAUAAUACGUCAAGUAAUAUAGUGAAGCAUUUGUCAGAAAUUGAACAAUCGGUAGUAAAUAUUCAACACAAUCGUAAAACCA